UGCGUCAUCACACGGCGACGCGAUUUUCAUUUUGUAAACACUCGCAGGCAGCUGCUGGAGACUGAAGUGAGUGAGACCAUGGAGAGUCUCGUGAAGGUGCACGGAGGUGGCGGCUAUGACUCUGACUUCAGUGAUGAUGAUGGGCAGGGAGAGUCCUCAGAGAGAGGGCUUAAAAGGAAACGUGAGGAGGAAAUCUUACAGAAGCCGUUCCAGAAAGGUCGGCACUCUGAGAAGGCUCACCGCAGUUUACACGCCAGUGAAGUGGACAGAGAGGAAGCAAGAAACAGAAGAGCCCACCUGAUAUCAAUGAAUGCUUUUGAGCGACACAAGAAGUUUGUCGGUGACUACAUACUUUAUUAUGGAGGACAGAUGGCCGACUUCAGUCGCUCCACAGUCAAAGACAAAACAGAUCUGGACGUGCUGCGUGAGAAUCAUCGCUUCCUCUGGAGGGACGAGGAUGAGGAAGACAUGACAUGGGAGAAAGAACUUGCCAAGAAGUAUUACGACAAGCUGUUUAAAGAGUACUGCAUAGCCGACCUCAGCAGAUACAAGGAGAACAAGUUUGGAUUUCGUUGGAGGGUUGAGAAUGAAGUUGUCUCUGGCAAAGGUCAGUUCCAGUGUGGAAACAAACGUUGUGAGAACCAGGAAGGCCUAAAAAGCUGGGAGGUGAACUUUGCCUAUGUGGAACACGGCGAGAAGAAAAAUGCAUUGGUCAAACUCAGACUAUGCCCUGAAUGCUCUUUCAAGCUCAAUUACCACCAUAAGAGGAAGGAGGUGAAGGCAAAGACUAAAAGGGUACUGGAGGAGAACCAGGAGCCAUCACAGAAGAAGAAGAAGAGGAAGAGGUCUUCACACUCGAAGAAGAAGCACAAACACAAACACAAACACAGGAAGCACAGAGAUCGCUCCGCCUCUUCCAGCAGCUCAGAGUCGUCGGAGAACUCGGACAAAGGCUCUGAAGCUGGUGAUGAGCCAGAGGGCCAAUCAGAAGCCGACCACUGGCGAGGACCUGCUCCUGCCGUGGAGGAAAAGUCAAGGGAGGAGGAGUUUGAUGAGUACUUUGAAGACAUGUUCCUUUGACUCUGCUGCUAUCAGCGGGAACCCUGCUGUGACUACACUUCCUCCAGCACGCCACUGACAUUAAACAUCUUCUGUUUUCCAGUCUUGUGUGCAUGUAGGUUUUAUUUGAUUAUAUGUUUUGACACCGCUGCAGAAGUAAACACGAGGUUUACCCGGUGUGUGUGUGUGUAAAGAGUCUUUGAUUUACAUGUCUGUCAACAUUUCGCUUUCGAUCCCACCGCUGUCGAGGAGGAAAGGAUUUGAAAAUGGUUUUAGUCAUGGUAGCAGCGUGGCUGUCAGUCAGUCCACAACUUAAGUCCAGACUGAUGUGUCUCCACCAUGUUUGGCUGGAUUGCAAUAAAAUCUGGUGCAGAUUUUUAUGUUCCUCUGG